CCUCGCAUAAUAUGCAGGGAAUUGUUGAUUUUGCAACCAAAACAAUGCGAUCGCAGAAUCCUGGAGUAACCUCCCUGUAAUCCCUGUGACUGCGUGUAGGUUAAGAUUGGGUUGUAACAGAGUAUCAGAGCCAGACAUUUCUACCUGUCAGCUAGUAAUUGUUCUGUAUGGUGACAUGAGCAGAGUGGCCUGACUUCUCCCACUUAUUACAGAUGUCCGACUUAGAUAUGUUGAGCAUCCUGCUAUGAUGUCCAUCACCAAGCCGGAACACUCCGAGGCCACUUCUCAGUGCCAGACUGGCAGCCGGCCGGUGGCUGAGCCCGAGACCCCUGCUGUUCACAAUAACAGUGGAGGCUGGCUCAGCUGGGUUUUUGGGAGGGGAAGAUUUAAUAAGAAGGAGGUUCAUCUACCUGAGGACAAAGACAGAUCUAUUGUCUGGGAUCCAACUCUGCACAGAUGGGUUAACAAAACUGAGCCCAAGGCUGAGAACAAGUGUGUACCACCACCUCCACCGAUGGGGACAUAUGGAUAUCAGGGGAACACUGGCCCCAAAGGAGUGAAUCCUUACUCUAUGAAAGCAGCAGGUCUAUGGGGCAGCAAAUACCCUACAAUACAUUACAAUGAUGGGACCAACUCAAAGCCUCCAAGCCAUGGGCCUGGACUGCUUCCUAGACAGCUCUCUGGCUUGCUCCCUCCUUCACACGUUGACCUCAUGGCACCAAUGGUUGUGCCACCUGACACUCUACCCUACUGAGGCCAUUUGCCCAGAGUGGAUUUGCCAUACAUAGAAUUUUUCAGCAUUAAAAAUCUUCAGCAUAAAAAAGUAUUAAAAGAUGAUCUUUUAAUUAAAUCUCUCCUUUGUGUCCUCAUGUUCACAUUAAUUUGAUGUGUUCUAUCAUCCUUUACAAUGCUUAUUGCUUCUGCAUUAUUUUAAGUAUAUAUUAUACACAUAGACAUCACAAAAACAUAUUUUUGUGCAUUUUGGAUUUCCUACAUUUACUUACUGUACAAACAAGUAUAUUUUAUACAUAUAUUUUUUUUAACUACAUUUUAUAUGUAUUCCAUAGACAGAAAGAAAUAUAUUUAUAUGCAUUUUGAAUUCCUAAAUGUCAAUAUUUUAUUUUCUGUGUCACGUGUUUAUGCCCAUUUAUGUACAUCCUGUGUAUGUUACCCUUCCAAUGAGCUUAUCAUAUAAACUACAACGCAAAAAGUAUGGUUUACUUCACUUUUAAUCAUGUUAGCACAGGUAACAGCCGUUUACAGUCUUUCUUUAGUUUUUCAUUCUUACUCUUCCCAAUUCAAUUAAACUAUAUUUCUUUAUUUCCCAUGGGCUUCACCAGAGUACCCCCUAGUGGCUGGAAUACAACUGUAUUAAGCCCCUUACAACACCCCCCUGCAAAAACAAAAUGUUGUCCCAGUUGCAGCCUAGUAUCUGUCUUGUUUUGCACGCUUUGUACAAAAUAAUAAAAUGCAGUACUACAGGAUA